UUAAAUACAAAACGUGAGGAACUAAUUUAUUUAACAUGCAAUUUGCGUGUACGGUGCUCACUGACAGAGUUUAAAUAUUUUGACAAAAUAGUAAUAAUAAUGAUGUUACAUAAAGAAUAGUAUUACCGGUUAUAUUAAAAAAGGUAGUUAUAUAUAAUUCUGACGGUUAUAAGAAUUAUGGCGGAUCGUCUAACACAAUUGCAGGAUACUAUAAAUCAACAGGCAGAACAUUUCUGUAACAGUGUAGGUAUUCUACAACAAUAUUCCACACCUAGUAAGUUUCCUGGCUUUGAUCGUGUUGGAACACCACAGCCACAUCAACCUCAAGAAGAUUAUGCAGCUUUGUUUGCAACUUUAAUAGCAAGAUGUGCAAAGGAUAUAGAUACCUUGAUAGAAAGUUUGCCAAGUGAAGAAUCAUCGCAAGAGUUACAGGUUGCAAGCCUCAGUCAUCUUGAACAAGAGAACCAAGAAGCUGGUGAACAAUUGGAAGAAGUUGUAAAACAAGGAGAAGCCCUUUUACAAAGGAUUCAAGCUGCCCUACAGGAUAUUGCUCAGAGUCAAUUAGAUAUGCAAGAUCCAGCUUCUACAUCAGUAGUUAAUAUUAAUCUUAAUACUACUAUGACUUUUAAACAAGAGAGUAUUAAUUCUGUAAAUACAGUACCCUCAAAUAAUGUGCACCAAUUGUCUGAUCCUUCACCAAGUUCUAUAAAUCAGUGA